AUGGCCAAGAGAACCGCUCCCACAACGAGCACCACCGGCCCCGCCUUCCCGCCGUUAGGGCUGGUGGUCGGCCCAGGCGCUCCGGCAUCCAACUCGAUCAACUCCGCAACGCAGUCCCCCUACUCAAAUCACAACCAUCAUUCCAGCUCUCCAGCUCCUGAGCCCGCACAUCAAGCCAACGGCUUGCCACCAGCACCCAACAAGUUUGAUGUCAGCCAAGCACAGCAGUGCCGUUUGCAGGAUGCCUACUGGUCCGACGAAGAGGAGGACAUGGACUGUCCAUUGUGCUUGGAAGAGAUCGACCUGUCCGAUGCCAACUUCAAGCCCUGCCCAUGCGGCUAUCAAAUCUGCAGAUUCUGUUGGCACCACAUCAAGCAGAACCUCAACGGCCGUUGCCCUGCCUGUCGCCGCAAGUAUUCGGACCAGACGGUCGAGUUCAAACCCAUGACCGCCGAAGAGAUCAAGCGGCUCACACAGGCCAAGAAGCAGAAGGAGCGCGAAAAGAAGGAGCUCGAGUCGAUGAACCGCAAGCAUCUCGCCAACAUGCGCGUCGUCCAGAAGAACCUCGUCUACGUCGUCGGCCUCAGCUCCAAACUUGCAAAGGAGGAGCUCAUUCCCACGCUUCGCAGCAACGAAUACUUUGGCCAGUACGGCCGCAUCUCUAAAAUCCUCAUCAGCAAGCGCAACACCGCCUCCAAGCUCGUCAUGGGCACCUCCGAAACCGCACUCGGCGUUUAUGUCACCUAUCAUCGCAAGGAGGACGCUGCCAAGGCCAUCGUCGCCAUCGACGGCAGUAAGGGCAGCGACGGCAGGAUCAUCCGCGCCAGCUACGGCACCACAAAGUAUUGCACCACCUACCUGCGCAACCUCCCUUGCACCAAUCCAGGAUGCACCUACCUCCACGAGCCCGGCGAGGAGGCCGACAGCUUCACCAAGGAGGACCUCUCCACGUUGCGUCAUGCUGCCAAGGACACCGAGCACAAGAUCAAGCCCGCUUCCCUCGGCAUCGCUCAGCCACCCAAGCGCUCCGACUUCCUGUCCAAUGCCGAUGUCGAGUCGUCCGCGCUACCCAAGACGGCCUCCUGGGCAUCAGGCAAACCCAUUUCGGCCGCCGCAGCCUCGCCUUCUUCCAUCAUCGUCGGCAGUCCGUUCCGCGAAUCCGACAUGCCGCCCCUCUCGGCGAGCUCGGCGUCGGCGCUUGCCAGGAAAGCCAGCUCGCAAAAACCUUCGACGCCCAAAGCACAAAAGCAGCAGUCGGCCACAGUCAAGGCCAAGACCUCGCUCAUCAGCGGACGACCCGAGUCCCCCGCCCUCCUCAAUGCCGACUCGCCGGGUCAAUCGCAGCCAUCGUCUCCGGUCCCCAGCAAAGCUGUCGCCUCGUCGGCGGCAGACGACGCUCCAGCGUCGGUCGCCACACCGACACCUCGCAAGGACACGUCCUCCGUCGCGGCGACCUCGAGGGCCUCGGGACAGGACUCGACACUUCCCCCGCCACCCGGGCUGUCCAAAGCAUCGCCUCCACCCGGCUUGGGCCGCUCCGCUUCAUCGACAGACUCUCGACCCGCGACGCCCCACACCGAGAGCGACCAUCCAAAGUCCAACUACCAGCCUUCGUUAAGUGCACAGGCUCUCCUCGACGACAUGCUUCAGAGGCGCGAAGCGGAACCUGAGAUCGUCAAGCCAAGCCCCUUCCCGGACUUCGACGACGCGCUUUCGAGCUUCAAGGAUGGCGAGUUUUCGUUCAAUCUGCCCGCUGACCAGCAGCUCCACAGCAAUGACGGCCCUUCUGAGCUCACCAGCGCCUUCACCACGUUUAGCCCCUUUGGCGCGCCGCCCGGAGUUCUCGCCGCCCACGCCAGCCUCGUCACCGCCGGCACUCCUCCUCCCGGCAUUGUCCGGGCACCCACGCGCAGCUCGACCGCUUCUCCGGCGCCACUCAGCUACUCUGGCUCUUUCGACCCAUUCGCUCCCGGCGCUGGAGAGACGAUCAAGGAGGACGGCAGCUCGUUUGGCGAGUCGGUGUAUCCGGCUUCGUUCAGCUUUACCGAUCAGACACGAAGGAUCUUGGGCCACGAUAACAACCCGCACGUUCUCGGCGGAGCGGGCGGAUUUGGACAGGAGGAUGCCAACGACGCGAAUCACGACGUCGCUAAGCGAGCAUCGCGCUUCGACUUUGCCAAGCGCAAGGAGUCAGACUCGUUCAUGACAGCCUCACCGUUGCGUACCGAGUUGAUGCAGGGUCUGCGCGAAAGCGAAGGGUUUGGUCUGGGCAAGGACGCAUCGAGCAUGCUGGGCAGCGUGUUUGAUCAGGACAGCGCAUCGGGCCGUAUGAACGGCAUGGGAGAAGGCGGCGCUUCGGCUGCAUUCGGCAUGAACAGUCGCGACGCCACUGGCCUGCCUAGCAUGGGACUCUCGAGGCCGCCGCCGGGCAUCGGAGGUCCUGGCUUCGGCGGCCGCUUCGGCACCAACACGCCGCCGCCCGGCAUCUCGGCGCCCGCCAGUCGGCAGCAGCAGGCUCUGCUCGCCUCGUUGCACCAGCUCGGAGGCAGCAGCCUUGGCAGCGGAUCCGACUCGCUCCAGCAGCAGCAGCAACAACAACAGCAACAGCAGCAGCAACAAGCGGCAUCCCAGCUCACCAACGGAAGCGGUGUCAACUUUCUGGCUGAACUGCAGCAGCAGGCGGCCCAGCGCGCUCAACAGCAGGCCCAGUAUGGUGCGGGCGCAAGGGACUCGUCGGAUGCCAGCCGAGCGAGCGGAAAUGCAUCCGAUCCGUUGCUCGCGCAGCUGUUGGCUGGGAGACGUCCAGGAUACGGAACGCAGCAGGGCAACGCAGUGUCGGACAUGCCGUUCAGCGAUCCGGCCAUCAUGUCGAUGACGCGUGCGCAGGUGCAGGCGGCGCAGCAGCAGCAGCAGCAGCAUCAGCAACAUCAGCAGCAAUUCGGAGGCAAUCGCUACGGCGCAAUGGGCGGCUUCGGCGGCGCUUCGUCUUUCUCGCCAUUUGAUCAGCUCAACAGCGCCAAUGCCGGGUACGGUGGUGCGCCGCAGUACAGCGAUCACCAGCGAUUUCUCCAGCAGCAACAGCAGCAGCAGCAGCAAGGGCAAGGGCAGGGUCAAGGUCAGAACUCUCCCUUCCUAAACAUGUCCUGA